UGCAAAGGAAAUCAAGACCCCUAGAUAUCACAAUAAAUGCUAAUUCAUAAGGGCUUAACAACUAAUAAGCAUCUAUAAACACAGUAAUAAAUACAUAAUACACAGUCACAAGAAACAAGUCCUUGGUCACAUAAUAACGCUAUAUUUCCUUUUCCUAAUAGGAUCUUACACAUGCUGGUGUUAAAGUAAAAUAUCACCUAUAGAUUAUCAUUAUUAUCUCUAAUGAAUAAACCACAGCCAAACCAGCAACAUUAAAGGUCAGCUACUAGUCAGAACUCCACCAUGGGGCAGCAAACUACUUGUUUUGUUCCACAAAAAAAAAAACAAAAAAAAAAAAAACAGACAUGACACAUAGACAGGAAAAUGUUACCAACCCUUAAACACACCCAAUUGUCUAUAAAAAAUCAAAUGUAAAUAGUGAAAACCAGGAUAUGACAGAGUGACCUAAGAAAAUGUUUGUUAUCCUUUUCCUUUUUUAACUUAUAAAAUAGCCUUUAAGCACCACGAGUUAGACAUAAACUCCAUAAACUGGAGAGCAUUGUUAUUGCAAACUAGUAAUUGGCAGUCCGCAGAUGCCUGUUAAAGCGAUAGUGACACAUUGCAGAUGGAUGUCAGUUAUUACAAAAGCGUGUGCCAUUAAAAUACAAGUUUUGGUUUGUACAUUCUUCCAUACUUCAUCAGAAAGCCAGGCUUAUUCAGUUUAUUCAGGUCAUUUUACACAUACAAGCUUACUUAACAAAACAAGCAUGCACUUGCUAUUACCUGCAGGAGUUGCAGGUUUUCAAUUCCUCCUGCAUGCUCUGCUAUUACAAUGGUUAUUCACAGGUUGCAGGAAACAUAUUUUAAGGUAACAACCUUAAAAAAAUAUUAAUAUUAAAAAAUUGAUUUUAAAACCAUGGGGGCACCUUCAGGUACGAGUAUUCUAUUUGUAGACAAGUAGCUAGUUCCCCUUAACCCUGAACUUUGAUUUUCACCUCAAUCUUAAUAUAACCAAAUUAUGCUGACUUCUGUUCUGGGUAUACAUAUUUCCAUUGAUUUACAAGGGUUAUUAAUAUUGAUAUCUACCAAUCUUAGACAGUGUGUUACUGUAGUACAGAGGUAACAAUAGCUGGUAUUAGCUGCAUUUUAUCAGGAUGGAAUAAAACACUUUGGUUCAGCAGAUAAUACAUCUGCCAAUUCUUUAUUAACCUAUUUUUGCUAGCCCUUUUUCUCUAUAUUAUUAUUUGUUUAUUUAGCAGAUGUCUUUAUCCCAGGUGACUUACAGAGACUAGGGUGUGUGAACUAUGCAUCAGCUGCAGAGUCACUUACAACAACGUCUCACCCGAAAGACGGAACACAAGGAGGUUAUGUGACUUGCUCAAGGUCGCACAGUGAGUGAGCUGGGAUUGAACCAGGGGGACUGGUUACAAGCCCUUUUCUUUAACCACCAGACCACACAGACUCCAUAUAUAUACUGCUAAUUAAACCUUGUAACUAUUAAACCAUUCAGACGGUUUAUACAUCACACACACGUGUGUGUAUUUGCAUGUGUUUCUUUUUGCAGUGACAAUAAUAUUGCUCCAGCAAAGAGGACCACACUAAAUCUCCACACAUACACAUUAAUGUGGCAGUCUUGCUCUUUGGGUGCACUAUAACUGUGAGAGUUUAGCUCUGGGGACAAGAUAUGAUGAGUUGCUGGCAGGGACAGAUUUAACCUCAUCCCUGCCAACUUCACAUUCCCAUUCCAUUCAUACCACACAGUGCCAUAAUUAGAAUUCAACCCUAUAGUCAGUUGCCCUAAUGACAUUCAAGUAACAGAAACAAGGAAUUGGAGGCAAGCAUAUCAACAUUAGAUCUCAAUCAAAAGUCCCAGACAUCUUGGAAGACAUUUCCAAACAACCUUCUGGCUCAGAAAGAGUACUGAUUUGUAUCCAGAUCUUUAGAUUUGAACCAUAUUUGAAUCAAAAGUAAAUCCCUUAAAUGUGUGGGUGCUAAAGAUGCACGCUUUAUUAAAAUACACAUAUUAAAGUUGAAUAUGGGACUACAGUUUAUUUAAUACUUCCGACCAAUAAGAAUGAAAACAGAGAACACUUAAUUGUGUUGUAUAUUUCAUAAAUUAUGAUGCUAUUAUUUUAAAGCUGAGAUACUCACCAUAUUCUUUAAUCCAGCUUUGAUUCAGUGUGCAAAAUGCAAAAGGUGACAUCCAAUGCUACUGGAUAAGUUAUCUAGUAUUCCACAUAUAACUCAUCAACUUUAUCAAUUAUUUUACGAUUGCUACAAGAUUGCUUUUUCAGCAAGACAAAGUUCAUGAUAUUUAUGAUUGUCUGACUAUAUAACCAGUGCACAUAAAUGUAUGUUUCUUGUCAACCUUUAUCACUCCAGUCUUGACAGUCCUAUUUUUCUCUGCAACAUGCCUGACGAGAAGCUAGAACUCAGCCAAAUGACCACCACGUUUAUUGAAGAGAAUCAAAAGGUUGCCAGGACCCCCAGCCGGUAUGAAGAGUUCAUCCAGCCCUGUGUGGCAGAGCUGAUCGCCAGCAUUAUCUUUGUAUUCAUUGGAAGUGUGUCAGUGAUUGAGAAUGUGGAGUCCGCUGGCAGACUGCAGCCUGCCCUGGUCCAUGGUCUCACUGUGGCAGUCUUGGUUGCCAUCUUUGCAGAAGUCAGUGGUGGACAAUUCAAUCCUGUGCUAACUGUUGCUAUUUACCUGGUUGGAGGAAUCGACCUCAUGAUGGCAAUCGCAUACAUCAUAGUUCAGAUGAUUGGGGGAUUGAUAGGAGCAGCUUUGGCAAAGAUGAUGACCUCCAGGGUCAAAUUUGCAAACGCAGCAGGGGCAGCCUUCACGGUGGUUAAAUCCAACGACCAGAUUGCAGCGGCUGUCUUUGGAGAGAUAGCAAUGACCUGCUUUGUCGUUAUGGUGGUCUGCAUGGGGGCUGUGAAUAGCAAGAGCAAGACCCCACUGGUGCCAUUUUGUAUUGGCUGCACUGUCAUAGUCAAUGUACUGGCAGGGGGUGAUGUUUCUGGCACCUGUCUGAACCCUGCUAGAGCGUUUGGACCUGCAGUUAUGGCUAACUAUUGGUCUUACCACUGGAUCUACUGGAUCGGACCAUUAGUGGGUGCUCUGCUAGCUGCAGGACUGAUGAGAUUGCUUUUGGGUGAUGAGAAGAUACGCCUUUUCAUGAAGUGAAAAAAACAUCUGGUUUAUUUGAACACAACACAAAGUUCAGAAGGUUUUGUAAGAAAUUUUAUUCUGAAGACCACUGUCAGUUUAAUCCUAAUAUUAAUGUCUCUGUUUUGCAAGACUGAAAUGUAUAGCCAAUUCAAACAAACUUUGUGGAGAAAAAAAUCUAAAAAGCUGUUGUGCUUGACACAGAUUUGUAUGUGGUAAUUUUCAA